CGUUUUAUAUAUAAGAUUGUUUAGUUUGUUCCAGGCAGUAGCCUGCGAGCUUGAACAGGAAGUACUCAUGGCGGCAGCUAGAAACCUCUUGCAGAUAAGACGAGUGCUCUCCGUCCUUACACAUAAUAACCAGCUCGGCACCUCUUCUUUUAAUAAAGAACCAGCAUGGCAAUUUCUUCCUUCUACAACUUCAAUCUUCGCUAGGAAUGAUUUUUAUAGAAGAAGGUUUCAGACGCAAUCAAAUCCAGCCAGUCAACCAGAGGAUUCACAAAAUCAUGAAAGCAGUUGUCCAAAUCGUAAUUGUGAGUCAGAUAAUGCUCCUUCCGAUAUAAACAGCAAUGAAGAUUCUCCUGUGAAGUAUUCCGCUGUAUCCAGCUUGAAAACAUCACCAAGGCAUGACCUUGCAAUGAUCUUUACCUGCAAGGUCUGUGAGACAAGAUCUGUCAAGACAAUUUGCCGUGAAUCAUACGAGAAAGGCGUGGUGGUGGCACGUUGUGGUGGCUGUAAUAACCUACACCUGAUAGCAGAUCGCCUUGGAUGGUUUGGAGAACCAGGAAGCAUUGAGGACUUCCUGGCUGCCCGCGGGGAGGAAGUGAGAAAAGGUUCUACAGAUACUCUUAAUUUAACUCUCGAGGAUUUAGCUGGAAACAAAAUCUUGAAAGAGUAAAUCAUCUGCCAACAAUACUUGAAAAAGAAAUUAACACCCUAGGUUGUACUCAAAUGGCAUUCUGUUUAACCUGUUUUUCAAUUUUCAAUCACAUAGUGAUGUUCCUUGAAAUGAAAUUACAGAAUGCAUUGAUUCAA